CACUCCCUGAUGCAGGGAUGGUUUUUGUCGGUGCGGCUCAAAGGAGCGAUUGGUCAAAGAGCUGCGCUCCCCCACGUGCUCUCCAUCUGGCCUCCUGAGUUCUGUUCAGUGGGACAGCUUGUCCCAACGGGUCAGCGAGAGCCUCCAGGCAGCAGCACUAGCGAGCCUCGGAGAGUGAACGUGGGCGAGCGCAAAAGAAAUUGCGCGCAAACGUGAAGGGUGGCCGAGAAGGGGGAGCAAAGCCAUGACACUGGGAAAACUGGAUUACGGCCGUCCCAGAGUGUAAGCAAAGCUGAGAGGAGAAAGAGAGGCUCCAGAGUGCAUUGAUUUGCAAUGGCUUUGCAAGGUUCCUUUGUUUCUGCUGAAACCAAGGAAAUGUUGCAGCCCCAGGAUGUUCGCUCAUUCGGAGAUGCUAACAAAGUGAGAAAGAACAUUUCCUGGCAAUGUCAGACCUCCUGUGAGAUCACCAGUAGCGCGCAGGACCCACUAACGUGCAGAAUUGUUCCUCCAGGUGUGGAUGGCAAGAGAAACGCAAAUGCCGCAGACGCUAAGGAUUUCCAGAAGUACUGCAUAGAAGGUGCCAUGGUGGUCUUGGGCUCCGUGCUGCUUGGCAUGGUCUUGUGUUGCAUGGUCCGUCUGUGGAGGAAGAGAAGACACUCUCUUUCCAGUCAUCAGAGCAGCCUCUCCCCUUCCUCAGGGCUGUCUUCAAGCACAUCACAUGCAUACAGGAAGAACUGAAAGGAGCCUUAUCUCAGGGAAGAAGGACUGCCAGCCCUCUCUCUUGUGGUCUGAUCAGCUUACAGCUAAGGCACUGUAUUGUGCUGGAUUCAAACCGGGAACUCCUUUAUCCUCCUGUGGUCCUGUCCUACAUCUGCACACCAGUGUUGAGAACACAACUUUGCUCCAGCCCUCAAGAACCUUUUCAACUGCUUCAACCUCAGCCCCUAGCACCACCUCUUUGGUUGUCAGCAUGGCAAGCAGUACGAACGCUGCAAACAGCCUUGGCCUGAGUGUUACCAGUGUGUCUCUAGCAGCUGCUACCACAGGGUCAGCUCCCUUGGUGUCUUCAGGUUUGCAAUAUUAACUGGCAGAGGAGUUCUUUUUUUUUCUAAAAAUUGAGUAAAUUGAUAAAUAGAAAUGAAUGGUGUUGUAGAUAUUUCUUGUUAGUAAGAGUUGUCUCUGUACUUCAGGGUUUUUUUCAUUAAAAGGUA